AUGAGAUGGGGCCGGUGGCAGAGCUUUAAGAAGACUGUCACUGUCUUCCCGUUCUGGGAAGACUGCCCCAAAUGCCUGACUUUCCAUCUUGUGCUUGUCUUCUUUCCCUUCCGUCUUUCUUUGCAGUGUGGCAUUGUCCUGGGAGCUCUGCUCUUGAUUUUCUGUUCUUGGAUGACUCAUCAAUCCUGCAUGUUCCUGGUGAAAUCGGCCAAUCUCAGCAAGCGCAGGACCUACCCCGGCCUGGCAUUUCAUGCCUAUGGAAAAGCAGGGAAAAUGUUGGUGGAAACAAGCAUGAUUGGGCUGAUGCUGGGAACUUGCAUUGCUUUCUACGUUGUCAUUGGUGACUUGGGGUCCAACUUCUUUGCCCGGCUGCUUGGAUUUCAGGUGUCUGGCAGCUUCCGCAUCGUGCUGCUCUUCGCCGUCUCCUUGUGCAUCGUGCUUCCCCUGAGCCUCCAGAGGAACAUGAUGGCCUCUAUACAGUCAUUCAGCGCCAUGGCUCUCAUCUUCUACACCGUUUUCAUGUUCGUGGUGAGUACUGAUGAUGGGAGUUUUCCCACUGAGCUAACACAGGUGUUCAUGGUGUGCCCCGUGGGGACGGCCUGCAGGUGCAGGGCUCGAGUGUAACGUGCCCUUCCUGAU